AUCGGAACAGCUGAUCGCGAGGCACAGUGGAAGAGAGGGACUCUGAUUGCGAAGUUCCCUGCAUGAAGUUUCUGACGCUUCAGCUUCUAAAUUCGAAACCGAGGAUGAUCGAUUCGGGCACCACUGGCUAAGAGGUACCUACGUCCAGACUCAUUGACGAGACUGAGCGUCGCAUUCGAGAAUGUCGUCUGCCAGGUUAGCGAGCCUCCUCCGGAUACCUCAGAGGACAAUAACUUCACUUACGAAAGACAACUCGAAACGGUCUCAGCGAUUCCUCAAUUACGAUGUUGUCAUCCCCACCGAAGUAAGUCCCACGCUACGCGUUCCCGACCAUAUCGUGAAGCCGGAUUACGCGCAGUCGGGCAUCGUAUUGGAGUCGUUGGAGGAAGUUGAGAUCAAAACUCCCGAUGCGAUCAAAAGGCUCAGAGACUCCUGCCGAGUCGCCCGAGAGGUUUUGGAUAAAAUCGGCGACAACAUCGAGGCCGGAAUAUCCACGGACGAGCUCGAUAAACUCGCUCACUCGUUCUGCAUCGAACGCAACGCUUACCCAUCCCCCUUGAACUACAAAUGGUUCCCGAAGUCGAUAUGUACAUCGAUCAAUAAUGUUGCGUGUCACGGAAUCCCGGAUGACAGAAAACUGAAGGAAGGUGACAUAAUCAGCGUCGACGUUAGCGUGUUCCUGAAUGGCUAUCACGGAGACUGUGCAGAAACAUUCGCGGUCGGUGCGCUCGACGAGAAGGGUUGGAACCUUGUGGAAACCGCGAGAUAUUGUCUCGAAUCCGGCAUCGCCGUUUGCAGGAACGGUGCGAAAUUAUCCGAUAUCGGCGAUGCCAUACAGCACCGUGCGGAAGAAUCGAAUUGUUCUGUUGUACCGAACUUCUGCGGCCACGGAAUCGGCACUUAUUUCCACGGCCCGCCGACGAUAAUUCACUUCGAGCACGACUCGGAUGAGGUUAUGAAAACUGGAAUGACUUUCACGAUCGAGCCCGUCAUUUCGGAAGGAGAAGAUGAGAUUGCUGUCCUCGAGGACGGAUGGACUGCCGUGACGCUCGAUAAGUCGCGCACCGCGCAAUUCGAACACACGGUCCUGAUUACGGACGAUGGGGCUGAGAUCCUCACUCGAUCUCCCCGGGAAGCUUGAGCGAAGGGACAUAGUCACUCCGCCCGAGGUGGUACAUUAGGUUCUUGAGCGGGUCCCGUCGCGAGCGAGAGAUGUCGAGUCGUCGGAGGAAAAUCAUGUUCCAUAUGCGAUUCGAUUCCCAUCUUGUCCCUUGACUCGCGUUGGGUCUUUCCUUCUAGUCGAGAGGUCCAUUCUGACUGGAACGGAGGCUAGAUGUUAUAGAUUGAGGCUGGAACGCCUGCCUCGUGACGAGGUUCUUGAGGAUGUUCGCCUGGGACAAUUGCACCCAGAUAGAAGCAAGCGUAAUUCGUUCAUCUUUCUAUAACAUAGAU